CCCGCCCGCAGCGCGGAGAGCCGCGCGCGGCCGCCGAGCGAGCCCCGCCGAGCGGAGCCGGGGGCGCAGCGCGCGGAGCCCAGGUGCCGUCACUGCCGGAUGGGCGUGCCCCGGAGCGACAGAGGAAGUCAGCACACACACCAUGUCAUCAUGCAUCUCUAGCCAGCCCAGCGGCGACCCGGCUGCCCCCCAGGAUGACCUGGGGGGCGGGGGCAGCAGCAUCGAAGGCCAGAAGUCCUGCGAAGCCCUGCGAGGCCUUUCGUCUUUGAGCAUCCGCCUGGGCAUGGAGUCCUUCAUCGUGGUCACUGAGUGUGAGCCGGGCCGGGCCGUGGACCUCAGCUUGGCCCAGGACCAACCCCUGGAGGCCGAUGGCCCAGAGGUCCCCCUCGAUGCCUCUGCUUCCCAGGCCCGGCCCCACCUGUGUGGUCGCAAGCUCUCCCUGCAGGAGCGGUCCCAGGGCAGGCUGGCGGCCAGCAGCAGCUUGGACAUGAAUGGACGCUGCGUCCACCCGUCCGUGCCCUACUCACCCGCCAGCUCCCCACAGUCCUCGCCGCGGCUGCCCAGGCGGCCCACGGUGGAGUCUCACCACGUCUCCAUCACGGGCAUGCAGGACUGUGUGCAGCUGAACCAGUACACGCUGAAGGAUGAAAUUGGAAAGGGCUCCUAUGGUGUGGUCAAGCUGGCCUACAACGAGAAUGACAACACCUACUACGCCAUGAAGGUGCUGUCCAAGAAGAAGCUGAUCCGACAGGCUGGCUUCCCACGUCGCCCCCCUCCCCGAGGCACCCGGCCAGCCCCAGGCGGCUGCAUCCAGCCCCGGGGCCCCAUCGAGCAGGUGUACCAGGAGAUCGCCAUCCUCAAGAAGCUGGACCACCCCAACGUGGUGAAGCUGGUGGAGGUCCUGGAUGACCCCAACGAGGACCAUCUGUACAUGGUAUUCGAAUUGGUCAACCAAGGGCCCGUGAUGGAAGUGCCCACCCUCAAGCCGCUGUCUGAAGACCAGGCCCGAUUUUACUUCCAGGAUCUGAUCAAAGGCAUCGAGUACCUGCACUACCAGAAGAUCAUCCACCGAGACAUCAAACCUUCCAACCUGCUGGUCGGGGAAGACGGGCACAUCAAGAUCGCCGACUUCGGCGUGAGCAACGAGUUCAAGGGCAGCGACGCACUGCUGUCCAACACCGUGGGCACGCCCGCCUUCAUGGCGCCCGAGUCCCUCUCGGAGACCCGCAAGAUCUUCUCGGGGAAGGCUCUGGACGUGUGGGCCAUGGGUGUGACGCUGUACUGCUUUGUCUUUGGCCAGUGCCCGUUCAUGGACGAGCGGAUCAUGUGUUUGCACAGCAAGAUCAAGAGUCAGGCCCUGGAGUUUCCAGACCAGCCUGACAUAGCCGAGGACUUGAAGGACCUGAUCACCCGUAUGUUGGACAAGAACCCUGAGUCGAGGAUCGUGGUGCCGGAAAUCAAGCUGCACCCCUGGGUUACGAGGCACGGGGCCGAGCCAUUGCCAUCCGAGGAUGAGAACUGCACGUUGGUCGAGGUGACGGAAGAGGAGGUCGAGAAUUCGGUCAAACACAUUCCCAGCCUGGCGACGGUGAUCCUGGUGAAGACCAUGAUACGCAAACGCUCCUUCGGGAACCCGUUCGAGGGCAGCCGGCGAGAGGAGCGCUCUCUGUCAGCGCCUGGGAACCUGCUCACCAAAAAACCAACCAGGGAGUGUGAGCCCCUGUCUGAGCCCAAGCAGGAAGCAAGGCAGCGAAGACGACAGCCCCCGGGGCACCGACCCCACCCCCGGAUUGUGAAAGGCGGUCCCCGUGCGGGAAGCUGGGGGGCUGCGGCCCCUGGCGGCCCCGCACACAUGCAUCCGCUGUGGCCUGAGGAGGCGACGGAGCCCCAGUAGCUGCCCCGGAUCGCUCGACCUCGCAUGGGUGGCCACGACGCCCCGCGUGUCCAUAGCAGCAUGCCCUACGGACACCGAGCACGUGUGUAGAGCCUUGACCGUCAUCUCUGGUGAUUUGUUCUUUUCUUUUGUUGUUUUAAAGAGGACCAAAAAAAAAAAAAAAAUGCCUUGACUCCUUGA